AUGAAUUCUGUAGACGGUUCUGGACCAUCUGCCUCACCGCGUCCUUCACCAACACUAAACACGGUGACAAUUGAUGGCUCUCCUACCACCUUUCGAGAUGUCUUCACAAUGCCUGCGUCGGUCGACGUAGGAGCGAACCUCUUGCCGAACAUCAACGAUCCUUCAGCUGUCGAUGCUCAGACUGUUUGCCCGGGAUACAAGGCUUCGCAAGUCAAAGAGAGUGACAGCGGCUUGACCGCCGUUCUCACACUUGCCGGUGCGCCGUGCAAUGUUUACGGGAACGACAUCGAGGUCUUGAACUUGAAAGUGGAAUAUCAGAGCGUCAACCGCCUCGCCAUUAAUAUUAGUCCUGCGAACAUUGAUGCAUCAAACUCGUCUUGGUAUAUAGUCCCAGAAGACUUAAUCCCACGACCGAAGGCAGAAUUAACUGCUGGAGAUAUUGACCUUGAAUUUGAUUGGGAUGAUGAACCUUCAUUCUGGUUCAGUGUCACCAGACACUCUACCGGUGAUGUGAUAUUCUCGUCCGAGAACACCAAACUAGUUUAUGAAGACCAAUUCAUCGAAUUUGUCUCUCACCUCCCGGAGGACUACAAGCUCUACGGGCUCGGUGAACGCAUCCAUGACUUCAGAUUGAAUCGAAAUUUAUCAGCUACCAUUUAUGCUGCAGAUGCAGGCGAUCCAAUUGACGAAAACAUCUAUAGCAGUCAGCCGUUUUAUCUUGAGACGAGAUACUUUGAAACCGACACACAUGGUCAAAGAAAGUUAGUCAAGAAGACUGAACUCGACGAGCGCUACCCAACCAACGGGUCCAACGGUGCCGGGAACGGAGGUUCUUCAUAUGAGUCCCACUCUCACGGUGUGUAUCUCAGAAAUCUCCACGGACAAGAACCCAAAUUAUCCAGCGACCGAAUCACAUGGCGUACUAUCGGGGGUAGCAUUGAUCUGUUCUUCUAUGAUGGACCCACGCAGCCAGAGGUUACAAAACAAUACCUCAAGUCAUUAGAUGCGCUUCCUGCACUACAACAAUACUGGUCCUUCGGAUAUCAUCAAUGCCGUUGGGGCUACCAUAACUGGACCGAGCUACGAGAAAUUGUUGAUACGUUCAAGGCAUUCGACAUCCCAUUAGAAACCAUCUGGACUGACAUUGACUACAUGGAUCAGUACCGGGACUUCACUCUGGACCCUGUGUCUUUCCCCCUUUCCGGCGUGAAAGAAUUCUUUGAUUACAUCCACAGCCAAAACCAGCAUUUUGUUCCUAUCGUCGACUCCGCGAUCUACAUUCCGAACCCUCAGAACUCAUCCGACGCGUAUGAUACGUAUACACGUGGGAAUGAGUCCGGCUCCUUCAUGACAAACCCAGACGGGAGUCAAUACAUCGGUGCUGUAUGGCCAGGCUACACAGUCUUCCCAGAUUGGCUCUCCGCCAACGGCCAGGCAUGGUGGGUGAAGGAGCUCGUUGAGUGGCAUAAAGAAGUGCCAUUCUCAGGCAUCUGGAUCGAUAUGUCUGAAGUCUCCUCUUUCUGCGUGGGAUCUUGUGGCACAGGAAACGUUACUUUAAACCCUGUGCAUCCGCCUUUUAGUCUCCCUGGAGAGGAAGGCAAUCGCAUCUACUCGUUUCCCGAGGCCUUCAAUGUUACAAACGCCACUGAAGCGGCGUCAGCAAGCUCUGCGAGUAGCUCCCAGGACGCUCAGAACAGUGCGACAGCGGCACCACAACCGAGCACCACAAGUUAUCUCAAGACUACGCCGACCCCGGGAGCAAGGAAUGUGAACCAUCCUCCGUAUGUGAUCAACAACGUGCAAGGGGACUUGGCAGUGCAUGCUGUCAGCCCAAAUGCAACGCAUGCCAAUGGCGUACAGGAGUACGACGUCCAUAGUAUCUUUGGUCAUCAAAUCCUCAAUGCUACCUAUGAAGGCCUCCUCUCCGUUUUCCCCGGAAAGCGACCGUUCAUAAUAGGGAGAUCGACGGCUACCGGUUCUGGAAAAUGGGCUGGACACUGGGGCGGGGACAACGCUUCCAAGUGGUACUACAUGUACUUCUCCAUCUCGCAAGCACUCUCGUUCUCACUCUACGGUAUCCCAAUGUUCGGUGUCGAUACGUGUGGGUUCAAUGGGAACACAGAUUAUGAGCUGUGUUCACGCUGGAUGCAACUUUCCGCUUUCUUUCCUUUCUACCGCAACCACAACACUCUUUCUGCACUAUCGCAAGAGCCCUUCCGCUGGGCUAGCGUCAUCUCUGCCUCAAAGACGGCUAUGAACAUCCGGUAUACACUCCUCCCAUACAUGUAUACACUGUUUUACGAAGCACACACUACCGGGUCGACUGUCAUGCGUGCUCUGGCAUGGGAAUUUCCGAACGAGCCGCAGCUCGCGGAUGUAGGCACCCAGUUCAUGCUCGGACCGAACAUACUUGUUACACCCGUUUUAGAACCGCAGGUAGAAACCGUCAAAGGUGUGUUCCCCGGCAUCAUCGACGGAACGAGUUGGUACGACUGGUAUAGCGGAGAGAAGGUAAAUGCACAGGCUGGAGUGAAUACUUCGAUCACAGCGCCGUUGGGACACAUCCCAGUGUAUCUUCGCGGUGGAUCCGUCACACCGAUUCAAGAGCCGGGCUAUACGACUACGGAGUCGCGGGCUAACCCAUGGGGUCUGAUCGUUGCGCUCAACGAUGAUGGCAAGGCGUCGGGUGCUCUAUACGUGGACGACGGAGAGUCGAUCGAGCAGGAAGCCACAUUGGAGGUGGCAUUCAGUGCGGAAGAUGGAGAACUCAAGGUCAAAGUCAAGGGCGAGUACAAGGACACCAACGCGCUCGGAAACGUCACCAUUCUUGGAGUCUUUGACGGAGUCGGCGAAGUCAAACUCAGCGGCAAGUCUUUGAACGGAGGGAACGUGGCGUACGAUGAGAGUACGGGCGUGCUGAAGCUAUGCGGCCUGAAUGACGUUACGAAGGGAGGAGCAUGGCAGGGAGCAUGGACGCUUAGCUGGGGAAGAUAG